ACUGGAGUUCUGGAAUACUUAUUUCUGCGCACGUUUAAUUCAGUUUCCAGAUGAUGUAGAGUAGACCGUCUUCGCUGAAGAGAUCAAGUAGGCCUAGGGCUUCUACUUCUAAAACGUUUCUUAACAGAACAAAAAGAAAGCAGGAAAAAAAUGAAUCCACUCAGCCUUCAGCCGAAAGAGACGCUUGUCGAGCAGCACCAGCGCCUCCUGCUGGAGACCGACAGUUAUGUGGAUCUUAUUCGCACACAGAAAGAGAAAGUUGCCAAAGUGGAGGCCACGAUGAAAGUAAUGCAAAGCAAGAUCUGGGAAAAGAAGAAGCAAAUGGGAGGGCUGAGUGCCACCCUGAGCAGACCCCUUCAACAGAUUAAACACAUUCGCAUCUUGGAGGACCGUCUCAACCAGACCACUACACGGUUUGACAAGCAGCUGUCUCGGAACAAGGCGCUGCGAGAUGCCAUUGACCACCUGUGCCAGCAGAGAGGGACGCUGGCCAGCAUGUACCACCGGCUCAACAAAGAGCUGGCCAUGCAGCACCAUGUCAUGGAGGAGCUGGUCGAGAAAUCAGUUCAAGCCUAUGACCAGAGGUCAGAGGCACUGGCCCGUAUGAUGGCGGUGCGGGAGCGCAGUAAGAAAGAGGCUGCCCAGGCCCAGACGGAGAUGACGGAGCUGCAGCGGGUCAUCGAUCACAAGGCGAAGCUCCGCACCUUCAUGGCCCAGAAGUCCCAGGACUAUGUGCCCUCAGUCGAGGAUGAGGAGGCCAGGAAGAGAAGGGCCGAGCAGUCUCAACUGGAGCGAAUGGGAGGAGAGAGUCUAGAGACCUACCAGGCCGUGCACAAGCACAUUGUGGCCAUCACUGGAGAGAGGAACCUGCACAAGAUUGCCAACACGUUUGUGGAGAACGAGGAGAAGAGCUUCGCCUACUUCAGCUACAUCAACGAGCUGAACAACAGGAGCACCAUGCUGCGGGAUCGCAUUAACAAGCUGAAGAGUGAGAUUUUGCACUUUGAGCAGCAGAAUAAGCAUCAUGAUGAGCAGUGGCAGGGUCAACUUAAAGAACUGGAGGCUAAGCUUGAGAAGAAACGCUCCGAGGCCAAUGAAAUGGAGGCUCAGUGCAAACUGGUGGACAAGUCCCUGGACCAGAUGAAGAGAGCCAUUGCUGACCUCUUUAGCAAGAUGAAGUGUGACCCCUCACCUGUCACCGACAAGCUGGGCAGCAGCGCACAGGUCACCGAUGAGAAUGUCACCCAGUUCAUCGGGAUCGUGGAGGAGAGUCUGCACAAUCAUCUGAUGCUCCUGAUACAGUCCAACUUCAAGCGCUCCGAGCUGCAGGAGACGCUGCCCUACAACAUGCUGCUGGAGAGCUGCCACCUGCUGCCCACGCUCACCACCUCCGUGGUGGAGCCGCCCUCAGCUACCUCGUUUGAGGAGGCGGCACUGGACGUGCUUCAGGGGCCAGGCAGUGAGAAGACUCUGGACUACAAGAGCUUGUGUGAGUGUGUGAUGAAGCGUGUGGUGCAGACGGAGCAGGCCAGAGGACCGAAGCCUGCCUCGGCCAUGAGCACCCAGAAGGGCAAGAAGAGGCUCAACUUCUCUGGCCCCAAAUCUGCCUAAGCACCAGCCAUCCUCCUCCCUUACCUACCCCACCAGCAAUUACCCUCCUCCCUUACCUACCCCACCAGCAAUUACCCUCCCUUACCUACCCCACCAGCUCCUCCCUUACCUACCCCACCAGCCAUCACCCUCCUCCCUUACCUACCCCACCAGCUCCUCCCUUACCUACCCCACCAGCCAUCACCCUCCUCCCUUACCUACCCCACCAGCUCCUCCCUUACCUACCCCACCAGCCAUCACCCUCCUCCCUUACCUACCCCACCAGCAAUUACCCUCCUCCCUUACCUACCCCACCAGCAAUUACCCUCCUCCCUUACCUACCCCACCAGCCAUCACCCUCCUCCCUUACCUACCCCACCAGCAAUUACCCUCCUCCCUUACCUACCCCACCAGCAAUUACCCUCCUCCCUUACCUACCCCACCAGCUCCUCCCUUACCUACCCCACCAGCUCCUCCCUUACCUACCCCACCAGCUCCUCCCUUACCUACCCCACCAGCAAUUACCCUCCUCCCUUACCUACCCCACCAGCCAUCCUCCUCCCUUACCUACCCCACCAGCCAUCCUCCUCCCUUACCUACCCCACCAGCAAUUACCCUCCUCCCUUACCUACCCCACCAGCCAUCCUCCUCCUUUACCUACCCCACCAGCAAUUACCCUCCUCCCUUACCUACCCCACCAGCCAUCACCCUCCUCCCUUACCUACC